AUGCCGAACAAAGUCCAAGCUCAACUCUUCUGGCCGACCAUCUCGUCAUCCGCUUUUGCGACUUGCCUUGCUCAGACUUCAGUUCAGACACUCCCGCGAUUCGCCGCCACCAUGUCCUCGCAACACGACGAAGCAGCCGCCGCCGGGUGUCCCGUCGACCACAAAGCCCGCGAAGCCUGGCUCCAGCAAGCCCGCGCCGCCGGCAACGUCCAACCCAACCCUCACACCCAACCCAACCCUCACACAUCUGCGCCGCCGCCGCCGCCGCCGUCGCAAGCACAAGCACAAGCACAAGCACAAGCACAAGCACAAGCACAGCCACAAUCACAAGCAGCCACAUCAGCAGCCGCCUCGCCGGUGCAGCAAUCCUGCGACUCGUCGACGCUGGACCAAUCCACCGCCUCGCCCGCACCCACGGCCGCCCACCUGCUCUCCCACCUGCGCCUUGGCACCGAUCGCGAAAUCAGCACCAUCCCGCGCGCCCAACCCACGGCGCCGACCGCGCGCCCAGCCAACAGCGAAGCAGACACGGGCGCGGACAAAGCCACGGGGAACUGGAUCUACCCGAGCGAGCGCAUGUUCUUCGACGCCAUGCGCCGCAAGUCCUUCGACCCGCAAACCUCGGACAUGAAGACCAUAGUGCCGAUCCACAACGCCGUCAACGAGCGCGCCUGGCACGAGAUCAAAGCCUGGGAAGCAGGCCGCGGGAGCGACGCCUGCGGGGGUCCCAAGCUCGAGAGCUUCUCCGGCCUGAGCACCAGCCUGACGCCGCGCGCUCGGUGGAACGCGCUGCUGGGCUACCAGCCGCCGUUUGACCGCCAUGAUUGGGUGGUCGACCGCUGCGGGACCAAGGUCGACUAUGUCAUUGAUUUCUACGCCGGCAAGACGAGCCCGGGACAGCAGGCCGGCCAGGGCCUGAAUUUCUACCUCGAUGUGAGGCCCAAGCUGAAUAGCUGGGAGGCCGUCAAGACGCGUGUGUCGAGGUUCUGGGGCUUCUAA